AUGGCUUUCAAGAUGCUUAAACAUCUUGCUGUCUUGUUUGUCCUCCUCGGGCUAGCCCUCGCUGAAUAUGGCGCCGUCUCCUCGGAAGUAAUGGCGACGGCCAUUCAUGGUCAGCGAGGCGACAGUUGGACAUAUCACGACAAUUCAUCUACCUUCAAUGCCUCUGCACAUACAUCUCCAUCGUCUACCGAGACAUCAUCUUUCAAUAUGGACAGACACCGAUUGAAGAUUGAGUUGACAAACAUCAUGCUGCAGGAGCCCGGAUUUGUACUCCUCAGUGUCUCGUUUGUGCUCAUCAGCGGAGGCAUGGUGUUUCUGUAG